AUGAGAACCAACUCAUGUGCUGACAGGGCGGCCAUGAGCAGAGCGACCAGAAUACCGGAUCCUACAUGCAGGCAAUGUGGUUCGCAAAUUGAGACAUUGGGACACAUAUUGGGGCAAUGUCGUCACACGAAACCACAUAGGAUUCGAAGGCACGAUGAGAUCAAAAACCUCAUCGUGGAAGAACUUAAAAAGAAAGGCCCAGAGGUGGCAAUAACGGUUGAACCGACGGUGGCGGCAACCGGAGCGGGAAUCUCAAACCUGACCUGGUAA